AUGAACCGCUCCAAGGACAAGGACGACAAGGAGCGCUAUCUCACCUACUCCAUCACCGUCAAGCAUGGCGACAUGGAUAAGGGCACCCAGGACGGAGUAGUGACAAAGAAGAUGCCCAAGUUCACGGAUGGAGGCACCAAGGAGUUCCUUGAGUGGGUCUACCACUUUAACCAGCUCGCCAAGAUGAAGGAAUGGAGCGCUGAAGACAAGUUUCGCAAUGCUCGGGUCCUGCUCGAAGGAGACCUUCUCGAUCAGCUCGACCAGCAACUAAUCGCCGGAGACGACGACGUGCGCAUGGACGACAAGGAGUUCAACAGCGCACUGUACAAGGCAUCGGUGGUCGUGAUGCCUGUUUUCCACUACAUCGGGGGUCAAACGAAGUUUCAUUAA